CCCGGUUGAACUCCUCUCGCUCGGUAGUAUUUUGCCCUUGCGUUGCGUGUAAACUGUGAAAAAGGAGAGAGCGUCCUCCCCGCUCUUCGCAGGAAAUGAUCGAAACGACGGUGUACGGGCAGUAGUACGUUGAGGUGGGAGUGGUGGUUGUUUUGGGCCGGUGGUGUGCCGGUGCGGUUGGUUACUUGGGCGAGGUGGUGUGGUUGUAGGGGCUGCAGUUCAUGCGAUCGAUGCCGUUCCAACUCAAGAACAGUCUUCACCACCACGGUGCUCCCAUGGAGGGGAAGCCGCCGCAGCAGCAGCAGCAUCCUGCGCUGCCAAGAGUGUCGAGGUUCCGGAGGCUGCUGGUGAGGGUGUCCGCGUCGGAGAGGUUCGCCGCGGAUGUCAAGGAGAGGGACAAAGACGAGAAGACGCAGCCGUCCGCCGCCGGCGAGGCAGACGCGGCGGGGUCCGUCGGGCUGGACCGCAUGGUGCUGAGCUUCAUGGAGGAUGCCGCGACCAUCGAGCGGCCGCCGCGCGGGCGGUGCAACUGCUUCAACGGCAGCAACCACGAGGAGAGCGACGACGAGGAGUUCGACUUCCUCCCCUCCGACCACUCCUCUUCGUCCGCCGUCGCCGCCGCCGGGGACACCUUGGAGGCUCUCAAGGGCCUGGUGCAGAGCACGAACGUCGUGGAGCGGAACCUCCUCGCGGACGCGUCCAGGAUCGCUGAGCGGUGCAGCAAGAACUGCAAGGGCAAGGCGGAGUGCCGCCGCGCGGUGGCGGACGGCCUCAGGGCCCUCGGCUAUGACGCCGCCGUGUGCAAAUCGAGGUGGGAGAAGACCCCCACCUACCCCGCAGGGGAGCAUGAGUACAUCGACGCGGUGGUGGGGGCGGAGGAGGUCAGGCUCAUCGUGGAGGUGGACUUCCGGCCGCAGUUCGAGCUGGCGCGUUCGACUAAGGCCUACCGCGCGGCGCUGCAGGCGCUGCCGCCGAUGUUCGUCGGAACGCCGGACCGUCUCGGGAAGACCGUGGCCGUCGUGGCGGAGGCGGCGCGGCAGAGUCUGAAGAAGAAGGGGCUGCACUUCCCGCCGUGGCGCAAGCCGGAGUACAUGCGUGCCAAGUGGCUCUCCCCGCACGUCCGCUGCGGCGACAAGCCCGUCGUUCCGGGCCCCGCCGCUCUGUCCGCAGCGACCCCGGUCCAAGCGGCGAGCUUCUCCGGCGAGUUCGAGCUCCUGUUCGACCGGAAGCCAAACGGUGACACCGCCGCUGCGGAGGGCGGCGGCGGCGGCGAGAAGAUCACGGUGGUGGUGUCGCCGUGGCGCCCGACGGAGGAGGCGAGCAAUAAGCUGCAGGUGCCCAAGGCGAAGGUCGUCACGGGGCUCGCCGCCGUCCUCUGAGCGUGGCGUGGUGGACAGAGACAAUAACUACUACUCGUCCCCCACCCCAUCCCAAUUUUUAUCCUCUUUUUCGCUUCUUUUUCGCCGCGCCUCUCGAUCCGUUUGGGGAUCUAGUUUUUGGUGUUUUGGUGUUUUCCGGGGUUUUUUCCGGAAAAGAGAAAAAACACUUGCGUCCUAUUUUGCCUUGCCGGUCUUGCUAGAUUUUCCCUUUUCCUUUUUGACCCUUGUAAUUUUUGGUCUCGGCAUCAGGGGCUUGUGACCCUUUUAGCCCAGUAUAUCUAUAUAGUAGUUUUUAGUUGUAAGAAAAGUGGUCAGAUGAGGUUGCUUGCUUGUUGCAUGCUUCCUGAUCAUGUGCUUGCCUGCUUGUUGGAGCAAUCACUUACCUGCUCUGCUAGUACUUGUACUCGUUAUUGCUAUGGAAGAGAUGAACGAUGAGUACUAAUUGAUAAUCAAAGAUGAACAAUGAGUAUUACAAAAAUAUAUUGGCAAUUGGCAACGAA